UAUGGCAAUCUGAGGCUUUGGUGGAAUCAGUAGACUUGGGUGGUAUUGAGUUGACCUCCGGUGUUUGGAUUGCUAGUCUUCAAUGGCCUUUCUUUCUACAAGUUGCGUAAACCUCGUUGGUUCUCAUCGUUGUUAUAAGGAUAAAACUAGUCAGGCGAUCUGUCAACGUUCCUUUUUGAAAAGACGGUCGUUCUUAUGUGGCAGUGACUCGACGGGCUACUCUUUGUUUACGAGUUCUUUUGUUUCCUAUCACAACAGGGACCUUGAUCUUUCAUCGAAAACAAAUGCCAAUCAAAGAUGGGUUAUGCAAGCCAAAGUACGAGUCGCUAUCAACGGUUUUGGAAGAAUUGGUAGAAACUUUUUGCGGUGUUGGGCUACUCGACCUUCCUCACAUCUAGACGUAGUUGCUAUUAACGACACUACCGGAGCCAAGACUGCAGCACAUUUGUUGAAGUACGAUUCCAUUUUAGGAACUUUUGAAAAGGAUGUGAGGGCUGGAGAAGACUGUAUCACUGUAGAUGGCAAAGAGAUCAAGGUUGUUUCUAACAGAGAUCCUUUGCAACUCCCAUGGAAGGACUUGAACAUUGACCUAGUAGUAGAAGCUACUGGGGUAUUUGUCGACUCAAAAGGAGCGGGAAAACACUUACAAGCAGGAGCUAAAAAGGUUCUCAUAACGGCUCCAGGGAAAGGAGAAGACGUUGGCACUUUUGUUAUCGGUGUUAACGAACAUAGCUAUGACCAUCAAGUACAUCAUAUUGUUUCCAAUGCAUCAUGCACUACAAAUUGUUUGGCUCCUUUUAUUAAAGUGCUACAUGAGGAAUUUGGCAUCGUGAAAGGCACUAUGACAACAACUCAUUCAUAUACUGGUGACCAGCGACUAUUGGAUGCUGCACAUCGAGACUUGCGAAGAGCUCGUUCUGCUGCUUUGAAUAUUGUUCCCACUACUACAGGUGCUGCACAAGCAGUAGCUUUAGUUAUUCCAGAAUUGAAAGGAAAACUAAAUGGUCUGGCUUUACGAGUUCCUACUCCAAAUGUCUCUGUAGUGGAUAUGGUUUGUCAAGUAGGCAGGAAAACUUUCAAAGAAGAAGUUAAUGGUGCAUUUUUGAAAGCUUCUCAGGGUUCGUUAAGAGGCAUUUUACGAUAUUCUGAUGAACAACUGGUGUCCUGCGACUAUCGCAAAACAAAUGAGUCAUCUAUUAUCGAUGCGUCAUUGACAAUGGUUCUAGGAGAUGACUUGGUUAAAGUUGUUGCUUGGUAUGAUAAUGAAUGGGGUUACUCACAAAGAGUUGUUGACUUGGGUGAAUUGAUGGCUUCCAAGUGGAAGUAACCAUUAUUUCUUUUUUUAAUAUGUUGCGACUGUUUUCAUCAUGUUACCGUUGCGAAAUUAAAAGAUUCCAGUUGGUUGCUCAUUUUAUAUCACAAAAAUUAUUCACUAAUUCUCUACUGCUAUUUACAAAAAUU